AUGUUAUCCUCUUACCUUUUUACCGAGUUUGUGGCUUUCACAUCUAGGAUAAACGAAAUGAGUGAUUCAGAAGACGAUUACAUGUCCGAGGCUAUCCUCGGAAAGGUGGAAGAUGUAAAGCCGGGUAAUUAAGCAAUUUGUAAUCUUUUUCAUGUUUAGGUAUUGCCAAAAAUCGAGAACACAAGAGGCAAUUGGAUAUUCUGAAGCGUGAGUAUAAGCCAACCCUCCCCAAACAUGAAUUGGAAGCUCAGAGACGUCAAGAAGCUCUCAGUAAACCUGUUUCGCAUGAGAACAAAGGAUUCGCUCUUUUGGCCAAGAUGGGAUACAAACCGGGGAUGAGUUUGGGGAAACCAAAGGAUUCCGAGGAGGGAAGAAGAACCGAGCCCAUCACUUUACAAAUAAAAUUUGGAAGGAAAGGAUUGGGUCAUGAAACUCAGGAGAAGGAAGAUCAGGUAGAGAGAUGUGAAGCUCACAUGAAGUACAUGUCGGAGAGGGCUAAACAAAGUGUAAUUAAUCCCUUUGGAUUUUAUUUUGCUUUUAGGAUGAGUUGGCAGAAGAUUUUCGGAAAAGGAAACGAUUUGAUGUGAAUGUGAGGAGUGUCGUGGGGGACAUCAUGAAGUCCAGAAAAGCAUGUCAAGAUCUCGACUUGAGGUAAUUUGGUGUGAAUUAGUACAUAUUUCUUUAUUGCAGAGAGGGUAAAAGUGCUCCAGAUAUGGCGCAUUUAUGGCCGGUUAUACGAGAAGUUGUGGAAACUGAAGAAUUCGAAUAUAUGACAAAGAGGACAAGACACGAGCAGGUCAAUAAAGAGUAUACUUUCAAAUAUUCGAGUGGUGUUGUCGCUCCAGAGGAACCAGAUCUCUAUUCGUUAGAGAUGGAUGACCUAAUAUUUCGGUCAGUUUGAUUCUGCGGUUAUUAAUCUUUUUAUUUAGAUUAGCUACAGUAACCGAUUAUCUGAGAUCGCAUCACUUUUACUGUGUAUGGUGUGGAUGCGCAUUUGUUUCCGAAGAAGAUCUUUCCUCCAAUUGUCCGGGACCAAGACGAGACUGUCAUGAUGAAGAUAAUCUGGAUUAA